AAAUAAUCCUAAUUUCAUUUCCUCGUCGCGUAUUGGAAGUUCACUCCCAGCUCUCCGUCGGGCGUCAAGAGAUCGUUUAUUUCCUUGAAUUCGUGGGGAUAUAGUCAUUGCUUCCAAUUGAACAUCUGGAGAAUUUUUAUUCACUGGUUGGCAUAAUGAAGAAACACUGCAUCUUGAUCUGAGUCUUUCUACAUUCGUGGCAAAGUUAUAAUGUCUUGGCUUCCAAAUUCAACAGUUAUUGGUUCAGCAUCAAAUUUUGCAGACUCCUCAGGCCGACCCUAUACCACAUUGUUUUCUGCCCAGUCUGCUGCAACGCCUGGGUUUUUUCCCUCUGGUGGUAUUCAAGGAUUGCAUAACCUUCAUGGAAGCUUCAACCUGCCAAACAUGCCAAGUUUGCUUGCAUCAAGAGAGGCUGCAAUGAAUGCUGUAUCAUCUGGUGGUGUUCAGCAACUGGGAGGAAGCAUUCCUAGUGGGCGAUUCACGUCAAACAAUCUUUUGGUUGCAUUGUCUCAGAUACCUCAUGGCUCUAGUGUCACAAAUAGAGGGGGUAUUAAUGUCGUUGGAAAUCAUGCUUUUAGUAGUAGUAAUAUUAAUGGAGCUGAUGGGCCAAUAACUGGUAUUUCCUCAAGUUCAGCUUCUGGCAGUCGUAGUUCUGUUCCUGGUUUGGGAGUUUCUUCAGUAUUGGGUAACAUAGGCCCAAAACUUACAAGCUCUGUAGCUAAUAUUGUUGGUGGUGGUAACAUGGGAAGAAACAUCAACUCUGGAGGAUUAUCCGUGUCUGGUUUAGCUUCACUGGUAAACUCAGCUACUAAUAGUGGAUCAGGGAACCUCAAUGUACAAGGUACCAACAGAUUGAUCAGUAGCAUGCUUCAACCAGCCGGACCACCAAUGAUCGGUAUGCUUGGUAACUCGUAUCCUACAUCUGGAGGAUCGCUAUCUAGGAUCCAAGGUGGGAAUAAUGCUUUAAGCUCUAUGGGUAUGUCGAAUACCAUCAAUGCAGUGGAUAGUUCUCCUUUUGAUAUGAAUGAUUUUCCUCAAUUAACUUCAAGGCCUAGCUCAGCAGGAGGCCAACAAGGGCAAUUGGGUGCAACACGGAAGCAAGGAGUUGGGGUUAGCUCCAUUGUUCAUCAAAAUCAAGAAUUUAGCAUACAAAAUGAAGAUUUCCCAGCUUUGCCAGGAUAUAAAGGUGGUAGCUCAGAUUUUUCAGUGGAUCUACAUCAGAAGGAACAACUUCAUGAAAAUAUUUCUACCAUACAAUCACACCAAUUACCAUUUGAUAUCAACCAGAUGGCAAGAUCUGGCGGAUUUAACUUAGGAGGAACUUUCCAACCUAACCUUCAGCAACAGCAGCUGCAUGCUACUGCAGCAAGUAGUGGUGAACUUCCUUUUGCACCUGGAAACAGUCGAGAUCUACGAUCACAUGGCUCUGAUUUCUUUCCUUCUCACGGGAAUUAUCAUUCACAGAUUCAAAACAGUGCAGACCCUAGUAUUGGGCUGAGAGCAUUGAACUCUGUUACAUCUGCUUCUGGUAUGAAUACAUACGAGCAGCUGAUUCAGCAAUAUCAACAAUCACAAAGUCAAUCUCAAUUUAGACUACAGCAGAUGUCUGAUGUCGGUCAAUCAUAUAAAGGUCAAAAUGUAAAAUCCACCCAGGGAUCACAAGUACCUCCUGAUCCAUUUUGCAUGUUAGGGUUGUUGAGUGUUAUUAGUAUGCAUGAUCCAGAUCUAACGCGUCUUGCAUUGGGAAUUGAUUUAACUACCGUAGGACUGAGCUUGAACUCUACAGAUAGUCUUUAUAAAACAUUUAGUUCACCUUGGUCUGAUGAACCUGCCAAGGGGGAGCUUGAAUAUUGCAUUCCAACAUGUUAUCAUGCCAAAGCACAGCUGCCUCUACAUCAGCUAUAUUUCUCAAAACUUCAGCUAUCAACCCUGUUUUACGUUUUCUAUAGUAUGCCAAAGGAUGAAGCUCAACUUUAUGCGGCUUCUGAACUGUACGCCCGUGGAUGGUUCUACCACAAAGAUCAACAGUUAUGGUUUACAAGAGUCCCGAACUCAGAGACUCUUGUCAAGACGCAUGCUUACGAAAGAGGAUUGUACCUUUGCUUUGAUCCGAACACAUGGAGCACAAUUUUGAAGGAGCACUUUGUUUUGCAUUACGAUGCAGUGGAAAAGAAGCCGAUACUCCCUUCAGAUCACCCUUAAGAUCUACGUAAACAAAACUGCCCAUGUAAAACAGGUCUUGUCACUUUCGAAUAAAACGGUUUUAAUCUAUUCUUCAUUUAGUCUGCUUAGUGCUUCUUCUCUAAGCCCUUUCAACAUGGUUAGUAUAUCCUUGCACUCAAAAAAUUUCUCUAGCCUGCAACCCUAGUAAGGACCUUUAUGAGAUUUCAUUAGCCUAUAUAGGUAAUCUUGAUUCACAUUUUCUAUUUAAAAUCUAACACGUUAAACGUUAGCUACCUUCUUCACUGUGCAGUUUUCAUAGGAAUAUCUAAAAGAUAAUAGUUUGAUGGAAAUCUUUUUAUAGUCGUUUCUAUGGGUCUACAGUUCAAAGUUAAGACGUAAUUUGAGCUCUUUCUUGGCGUAUUUGCUAGGAUUUUUUUUCUAGUUCUGUACUGAUAUUUCAUGUUGGGAGUUACUCUCAGAUUGAUUGAUGUAAUCAUAUCAACAAUUUGUUUAAGUAAAAAAAGAAAUUGUGAAAA